AUGAAGCAAGUUACAUUUAAGGUCAAGAACUAUGUGCUUUAUAUGGACCAUUACAAUACAAUUGAUAGCAAUAACUGGGAGGACAUUGUGUUCAAUCCAAUUGCAACCUUACCCAAAGUGAUUAGUCCUACAAAGGUGCCUGUCCCUCCUAGUACAGAUGCUGAUGAUGGUGGUGAUAGUGAAGGCAGUUCAGAAGUGGAUUCUAUUGACAAUGACUAUGAAGUUGAUGAUAUAUUUUGUGAUAAUGUUGAUAAAGGGGUGGUUCAUGAGGGUGCAGCAAAGGGCAUAAUAGUCAAAGCAAGGAGCAAAAGAAAUGCCCCAACUAGCACAGACAAGGACUCAGCAGGCAGAGAAUGGGAUGAGUUGGAUUCUGAUGAAGUUCAGAGCUGA